GAAUAAGAGGAUCGCGCCCCAUACAUAAGCUUCUUCAAAGACCGAAAAAGAGUGCAACAUAGGCGACGAGCGUGAAGCCCACCGCGAACCAAGUGACGAUACUGCAAUUAUCUCGAAAGUCCCAGAAGGCACUGACGUCAAACAAAGACAAGAGUAGCUGAACAAUACUCCUGACGCACCACAUGGACCUUGCCCAAUCAUUUCGGGUCAGCUCAACCAAACCACAGAGUCCCCGCAAACUUGACUGGAUCAAGAAGGGACUCGAGGAGGAUCGUGGAUACCUGUCGGAUGGCGGCAAAGUCAGUAUUACCCCUACAAGUCCUGCACUGCCGCCGCGAACACCACGUGCAUCAUCGGCGCAACGUCCAUCAACAUAUCCUCAGCCAUCCUCACUCACCACCCGCCCAACUCCGCAUUCCAGUAAGACGCUCUCAGAUGGGAAGCCAAAUAAAAUUCUGUUCUAUCAUGCCCACGACCCACACUAUGGUUUCACUAAUUUCUCAUCCGACCCCAUUGAGUACAAUGGAAAGAAAUACCCCACGAGCGAACACCUCUUCCAGUCGCUGAAGGUAAGCAACUUUACCAACAGUGCCAUCAUCUGAUAUGUUACUCACCACUGCCAUAGUUCAUGGAACGCCGUCCCGAGCUCGCAGAGCACAUCAGAACGUGUUCCACGCGUCCGCGUGUGGUAUUUGACGAAGCCCACAGGUUCAGCCCUGAAGUGCGAUCUGA